AUCCAACGCCCAAUACGAAGCCUUCACAAAGGUUAUAUACUGAGACACUCCGUAGAGCACUCUGAAAAACUGAAAGUGAGACUCAAAGCUUCAUUUCACAUAAUCAAAGCCAAGCUAUGAAAGCUGCACUUUUCAGAACCGAUUCACUCCCGAUCCUCCAAUCGAUUCUUACGCUCGGCUCGCCGAGAGUUCGUAUAUCUCGUAAUGAAUCGUUCAACAUGAGUUCUCCUAGAAUUUCGCUGCAUUUGGAGAUCAAUAGUAAGACAGAUUCUCCGGCAAGGAGCAUUCGCAGAGCGUUGUCAGAGAACAAUCUCAUCAGAUCAGGAACUGAUGGAGUUCCCGACGGAUUCUUGAAACAGAACGCUUUCGGAUCGCGUUCUUUACCGUCGAUAAUGUCCGAGCUAGAAUGUCUAUCCGAAACUGAAAGUGAAGUACAUGAUCGUGAAUUGUUGGAAUUCUCCGGAAAAUUUCCGGAGAACUGGACGCCGCCUGAGGAGUUAGGGUCAUCCGGUGAUGGAUUCGGCAAAGGAAAUGAAUCCGGAGACGACAGAAGCUGGAACGACGGAUGUAGUGGCGGUUCUGGUGAUGUAACCAAGAUCGGCGAUUAUUACAGAGAAAUGUUGAAGUCAAAUCCCGGAGAUUCGCUUCUUCUUAGAAACUACGGCAAGUACUUGCACGAGGUGGAGAGAGAUGCAGAGAGAGCUGAAGAGUACUACAGCAGAGCAAUACUGGCAAGCCCUGGAGAUGGAGAGGUUUUGUCACAAUACGGGAAGCUGAUUUGGGAGACGCGUAGAGACGGAGAGCGAGCUAAAUCUUACUUUGACCAGGCUGUGUACGCCUCUCCCAAUGACUGCAUGGUAUUGGGAUCAUAUGCGAACUUUCUGUGGGAAACAGAGGAAGACGAAGAGGAUGAGGAAAUCAAUGAAAGAUCUGAAGCUUCACCGGCUAUGGUGGCUGCUUUUUAGCACAAAACUUCAUUUUGAUAAUUAAUUGGUAAUUAAUUAUUGCUAACCUAAUUAAGGUCAAGAUGAUAUAUACAUGUGACCGUACGUAAUGAUACAUGUCAUGUGUGACUGUUUGUAUCCAAAUAAAAGCUACUGGGACAGUUGGACGAUCUAGUCUCUAGAAUAUGAGAAAAAAUAGAGAGAGGGAGUGGGUAAUCUCUUCUUGUGUUUGCGUUUAAGCUUUCUUGGUAACUACUAAUAUGUACAGUUUAAUCAUUUUGGUUGGAUUGACAAGCCUUUUGUACUGUUCC